CGCAGCGUGACGUUAUUUCCGCCCUGCAGGACCCUUGCACGUGUGACGCUCAUGUCUGUUUACAGUAUUUAGACGAAUAUUACGUUUAUUUGUACCGAUUAAUCAAAAAAUAGCCAUGCCGAAAUUCAAAAAAUCCAAAGGAGGAGGCGAAAAGAGAGGAGAGACGGAGACGCUGGUGGACCAGAUGCUACAGGCGGACACCAUACGAGCCAAAGGCCGGGUGAAGAGCAGGGACGGUCGGCGAGAGGACGAAGACAAGUACGUGGACGAACGCCUGUCGCGGAAGAUCUUGCAACAAGCCAGGAUUCAACAGGAGGAACUUCAGACCGAAUAUGGCCUCGCACCUGAGAAGAAGAAAGCACCCGUCACGGUACUCGGUUCCAAGUCCCAGGAUGCAGAUUCAGAUGAGGAGUGGCUUGCGAUGGGAGCCGCUGGUGAUGGUGACACGGUUGAGUGCGACACUGAAGUUGUGGUCGACCCUGACGAUGAGAAAGCUAUUCAGAUGUUCAUGAAUAAGAACCCGCCAAUGAGGCGGACCCUAGCGGACAUUAUUAUGGAGAAGAUUACAGAGAAGCAGACUGAAGUGGGGACAGUGAUGUCUGAAAUGUCCGGUUGUCCAAUCCAACAGCUUGAUCCCAGGAUUGUAGAAGUCUACAGAGGUGUCAGUAAGGUCCUGUCCAGAUAUCGCAGCGGUAAGUUGCCAAAGGCUUUCAAAAUCAUACCAUCGCUUUCAAACUGGGAGCAGGUCCUCUAUUUGACUGAGCCUGAGACCUGGACUGCAGCUGCCAUGUAUCAAGCCACAAGAAUCUUCUCGUCCAAUCUGAAAGAGCGAAUGGCGCAAAGGUUUUACAACUUGGUGUUGCUGCCCAGAAUUCGGGAUGACAUUGCGGAGUACAAGAAGCUCAACUUUCACCUCUACAGUGCUCUGAAGAAGGCCUUGUUCAAACCAGGGGCGUGGUUUAAAGGUUUACUGAUACCGCUGUGUGAAUCUGGGACGUGCACCCUCAGAGAGGCCAUCAUCAUCGGAAGCAUCCUCACAAAGUGUUCCAUCCCUGUGCUCCACUCCAGCGCUGCCCUGCUCAAGUUGGCAGAGAUGGACUACAACGGCGCCAACAGCAUUUUCCUGCGUCUGUUGCUCGACAAGAAAUACGCCCUGCCUUUCCGUGUCCUAGAUGCCUUGGUGGCUCACUUCCUGUCCUUCCGCAGCGAAAAGCGCACGCUUCCUGUGCUCUGGCAUCAGAGUCUCCUCACGCUGGCGCAGCGCUACAAGGCCGACCUGGCCUCGGAACAGAAGGCGGCCCUGCUGGAGCUGCUUAAGAUACAAACACACCCUGAGCUCUGCGCCGAGAUCCGCAGAGAACUGCAGAAUUCAGAGUCGCGGGAUGUUGAAAUCGGGCUUCCUGUUUGCGUCGAUAUGGACUAAGAAUUAUUUUGUUUCAGGCGUCAUUCUUUAACUCGAGGACUGUGCUAACUCUUAACUGUGUAAACACACAGUUAUCUCAGCAGGGGUUCAUAACGACUUGGACUAACUUGUGCGUGUAUGUGGUUAUUAAUACAUUUUGAUGCAGUAUUUUGAAUUAAAAGAUAAUUGAAUCUGUAAAA